AUGAAUACUUCGAGAAAUUGCAAUACCCUCCAAAGAGGAGCCAGGCUAGCGCGACAGUGGAGAAGAAGUGGGCGGGCCAUGUUUGCGGCCAGUUGUCAUGCUGGCCGGCCAGGCAGCGCAGAGGAGAUUUGCUGCGUGGGCGGCCGUUUGGCUCUUGAGGAGCGACGUGUUUUGGUGGAGGGAGCCAAGACGCUUCGCGUGACAAGGUUUUCGCCAUUGGAGUGCAGGCAGAAUGAGUGGAUGAUCGUGGCCGCCUCAGAUGCAGGCUUCACAGGCAUGCCGACAAAGGGCAUCCUUCCGGCGCGGCUAGUGCCGAUCUACAUCUCCGGCCUGCUGAAGCGAGUGGUCAGGUCGUCCCUUGCAGCGGAAGUCAGCCAUGCGGCCGACUUGGAUCUGGCGGUCACCACGUGA